AGCUCUAAAUUGACUAAUCCAGCUGGCGAUUUUAGCCUGUUUUUGGCCAAACUAGGUACAGUUCCCAAUGUUCAAGCUACUUAACCAGUGGUAGAGUUAUUUAUUACAACUUAAGCUCAGAAUAUUGGCUUGAUAUUUGAUAAGGUUCCCCGGCUGUGUAGUUUGUUUAUAACAGAUUUUGCAGUUAUUAAAAUUGUUCGAAGUUAACUAACAAUUGUGUUAAUGAAGUUCUAUUUAUAAAAUUCUUGUACCUUUAAGAUUGUACAAGGCAUUGAAAAUUAUUCUAUUUUACUUAUUUUAUAGCUCGUGUAAAGUGUUUUAAAAAAAUUUCCUUAUUAUCAUCUAAGCAAUAACCUUCAUUAGUUUCUUAACUGGCGGUAUCGCAACAAUGGAACAAGUUGCGUUGAAUGGAAAUCAGCAGACCAAAAUAUUAGUUUCUCAAGGUCCCCGAGACUGGUUCAACGGAUGCAGCCUUGAUUUUGUGCAGCUGGUGUUCUGGGAGAGCCCCAAGAAGACAGCAGUGCUGUCACUGUCAGUGUUCGCCCUCCUGGUCUGCUUCGCCUCCUUCUCCCUAAUCAGCAUAGUGGCCUACAGCACCCUCCUCCUCCUAGCUCUCUCGGCCGCAUUCACUGUCUACAGACGCAUACACGGAUCCAUAUCCAAGUCAACAGCCGCCACUAACAAUCCCAAUGCCGGCAAAGACUCACACCCUCUCAGGGCCCUGUUGGAGCUGGACUUGACUGUGAAGCCGGCUAGACUCUCCUCUCUACUGGAGCCUCUGUGUGAUCCCUUCAAUCGAUUCGUGAUCAGGGCCAGGGCAAUCAUACUCAUCGAGAACAUACUCGACUCAGCUAAAUUCGGAGUGAUGAUGUGGCUGCUGACUUACAUCGGAGCAUGCUUCAAUGCACUCAGUCUAGUUAUGCUCACCUGGGUUGGUCUGUUCACAGUUCCAGUCCUGUAUGAGAAGAAUCAGCACUUCGUGGAUCAAAUGGUGGGCGAAUUGGUGAAGAAAGUGAAGCAGGCGAUGAAUGACGCUUACGCGGGAGUAGAGCCCAAGAUUCAGGCGACCCUAGACAAAAUGCCCCCGGCAGUCAAGAAUGCAUUCUCACAAAUACUCGCCUCGAAACCAGUCGAGAAGAUCGAAUGAAGAAGCAGUGCAAAUAAACAAAAGACACGAUCUGGAAAAAAUGGACUAAUUUAAACACAUUUUUUGAAUCGAGAAACUUGUGGAAAACGGAAAUUUUUUACGGAAGAAUCUGGUACAAAAACUAAAAAGCCAAAAGUCUACUUUGUCAACAAAAAGAAAAAGGCUCCAAAGAUCCAAUAGCAAAGGAGCGAGAAGUUUUAGCGAUAAAAAGAAACUUUCAAAAACUCGAGCUACUUUUGCAAUGAAAUGUUAUGUCAAGAUUUUCCGAUAUAAGUUAUGCAAAUUUUCAACCCCAGCAAUAAGUUUUUUUUUCAAUAGAAUCAGUGAAAAAUACUUAGUUUAGCAGAGUAUUUAUUAUAUGUUGCAAAGCUUGAUUCAUUUUUAAUUUUGUACAAUUUUCUUGUUGAUUCUUACUUUUAAAACUAACGCUUCACUGGAAGAUGAACAAAUAAAAUGUAUUAGUAUUGAGUCAUCUAAAUGAAGUUAGUUUUAAAAAGGUUUUAUGAUAAUUGCGAUGCCAUAAAUGCCCGAAUAAAUUACCCGAUUAUAUCGAUUUCGGCAUGAAAUGAUUAUUAUUCUACUUUUUUUGGCUAUGUUGUGAUAAGUUAUAUGCUCCAUGCUCGAAACUUUGCUGCUUUAAAUGUCAUUUAAAUUAAAUACAUGGAUUUUGGCAAGUCAGGAGUGAAAUUACUGUUUUAUAUACAGCGGGUUCUGUUUAUUGUAUGAAGCUAUGUAAGUGUCAAUCCAUGCAUCGAAAUGUUGAUACAUCAAUUCAUCAUUGUAUUUCGC